AUAUAGAUUCGAAAGACAGAGUCGAAAUCUCUUUCGGUAAAUUCGCGAGUGAAGUAGAAACCGGGGCAGGGUAGGACCAGGGUCAGAGUAUUGCACGUCGUUAGAGUUUCGAAGUCGAAGGUCAGAAGUCUAGCAACAAUCGAGAACGGAGCAAUAUAUACAUAUACAUACUCGUUUGGCAAAAAAUAAAGAGAAUUGGAGAGAAAAGGAGAGGAAAAAGGUGGAAAGUUUGGUAGCUGUAACGAGCCCUUGGCCCCACUUUUUGAACGUAAACGGUCGUAAAGUUUUGGAAGACGGAGAGAGAGAAAGAAAGAGAAAGAGAGCGAGUCGCCGAGGCAGAGAUCGCAAGCGGUGACAAGCGGUGACGAGCGGUGGCGCGCGAAGCGGAGCCGAGUCGGGCCGAGCGGAACCGAGCAGAGCCGAGCGCAAACUCGAGCGAGGCCGAAGCCGAAGCUGAAAUCGUAGGCAAAAGCGAAGCAAGAUUCGUACUUGGGUUCUCGGCGCGCGGUAGCGCUGGCUAGCGAGCGGAUAAGCGGCUGUCCAGGCGGAUCGGCGGCGAGUAUCGCGAGCGAGUACGUGCGGAGAACGUGCGCGCGCGUACCUACAACAAUCAUCGACUGGCUGUUCGUUCGUCCGAGUAUCUCGCGUGCAAGUAUCGAGCUCUCUCUCCGUUUGUCGAGGCGGGUGCGCGUCUUCCCGGCUGAACGCGCGCGUGUACCGGCCGUGUAUGGACGGCGGCACGCGUGCACGAGUCGAGGAGGAAAAAGCCCUGGAUUCGUCUCGCCUGCGAUCCUCCGCUCGGCUCGGCUUCGCGAGUUCCUCCUCGGCCGGCAGCACUCGCAUCGCCAGGCGUAAAAGGAAGAAGAGGAGGCGACAGCAGCGACGGAACAGUAACGUCGACGACGAGGACGAGCUCGUCGUCGUCGGUGGCGGUGCCGGUACCGGUGGCGGUUGCGAACUGAUCAACACCGUCAGCGAAACCGUCGACACGACGAUCCUGGUGGUCAAAGAGGAACAACAGCAGCAGCAGCAUCAACAACAACAACAACAACACCACCAACACCAAUCAACAGUGGGACAAGCGAUAUCCAGCGAAGAGUCAACAACCACCAGACAGUCGAAAAAUCGACAUUCGCACACCAACGAAUCUCAACGAAACGCAACUAGAGGAGGAAGCGGCUCGCGCGCGGCUGCCUCCUCCCUCAACUCCGGCAACACGCUUCUCAAUCGUCGAGCUGCCGGCAAGCGAUCAUCCAGGAGAUGCAACGCGAACGCGCGUAGGAACGCGAUGACGAUGGAUCUCCAGAGACUGAUCACCGAGGUGCACGCCAGGCCCGCGAUCUGGGACCAGAAGAACGUCAACUAUCACAAUCGCGACGUCAUCCUAAAGAUGUGGCGAGAGAUCGCGAGGGCUUGCGAGGUCUCCACGGACGUCGCAAAGUCAAAGUGGAAGCACCUGCGUGACAAUUUCCGCAACGAAUUGAAGAAGACCUAUCGAGGGAAAUGCGACGGCGGCGCGAACGAGCACGACUCGAAAUGGGUUUGGUUCAAGAGCCUGUUCUUCCUCCGCGAUCAAAUGAAUUCGAGGGUGAUCGGGUGCACGCUUUCGCAGAACUGCUCGGCAGCCCUUCGAUCGUCGCCGGAGGAGACGCAGAUCGAGCCGCAGAUCGACAUCCUCGAGGGGCACGAAGAGGCCCAGUUCGACGAUCUGGACGGCGAUUCUUGCCAGUCUUUGCUCUCGAACGACGACGGCCUCCAUCAGGUCAUGCCACCGCCCAAGAUGAACAAGAUCGGUAGGAAGAGAAGUUUGAUGGACGCGAUGGACAACAGUUACUCGGAGGCCGACCGGAAGAGGUUCGAAUGUUUGCAGAAGAGACUGAGGAUAUCGCAGGAGGAGGAGGAGGACGAUACCUAUCACUUUCUUAUGAGCGUUCGAAAUCCAUUGAAGAGCUUGCCGCUCGAUAGGCAGAUGUUUAUUAGGUUGAAAAUUCAAGAGCUCGUCUACAACGAGAUCAACUCGCAAAAUCAGCAGAGCCGAACGUACGAGGUCUCGCAGGACGUGAAGCCACCGAGGAUAGUGAACGCCGGUGGAGCAGUCGGGGUGGAGGUUGGACUGGGAGGUAGCGUCACUGGUCUCGGCGAAUCCGUCACUGCUGCCGAUACGAAUGGGAGCGGUGAUGGUGGUGGCGGUUGUGGUGGUGGCAGUGGUGGUGGUGGUGGUGGUGGUGGUGGUAGUGGUGGUGGUAGUGGUGGUGGUGGUGGUGGUGGUGGUGCUGCUGCUGCUGCUGGCGGUGUUGGGGGUGGAUUAGAGGGAGGGCAGACUGUUAACGACAUGUCUAACCACCCUGCAUCGUUACUUCACAAUUGCACGACAGAGGGCUCCAGCGAAGAUACCUUCUUUGGUUAAUUUAAUUUAAUAUUCUAAGAUGUAAGAAUCGUAAUUUUAUCAAUAGGAAAUAAACGAUGGUAUUUUUUCAGUA